AACACAGAUGGUCAACGGGAUAACCGAGAACAUGUUCCAAUCCGCGGUAAAUUCUGUUUUAAAUUACCAAAAACACAUUGACACGAGUCAUUGACAAUAGUCUGUCUCGCGCUAGCCAUGUUGAAUAAACUCUCUUCGUAUGUUUACUUCCGCGCGCAAGUCCCUCGUGCUUCCGUCGUCAGUUAAUAACGUCACGUCUGCCCGUCGCUGAUUGGUCCACUCCGCUGUCUGUUUGCUGUGGCUUGCUCCGCCCUGGAAAUUGUAUCCGUGGGAAUGGUGGCAAACUUUAUGCAGAAAUGUGAGAAAUUCCAAAAGGUUCAGAUCCUAUAUAGCCUGGGGGGUGGGGCGCAAAAUGUUUGCGUCUUCCUAAGAGGGCAUAACAGACAGUAAUUAAGAAGCACUGACCUAUAGCAAGGUUAACAACCACUGCUUUAAAGUUAAAGCUAAGAAACCAGCAAACAGCAUAAGCAGAAAAAACAAUAAAUAAAAACAGAACUAUAAUUUAAAAGCCAGUUUAAGAUUGCCGUCUCCAUGGCGAUACUCACAGUUGUCUUUGUCAAGGUCACCUUCAAAAGAGUGCAAUAGGUCAUCUUCAAAAAUGUCACCAGAGAAAAUUACAACACUGGUUACAUUUAAAGGGAGAGGGUAUGUUUGCCACUAAGGAAAAAUGAUGCCAAACGAGAUGAAAGCGGAGCAUAGAAAGCAGAAGAAGGGCAGCGAGGCACAGGGGAGGGCCGUAUAAUAAACAGUGUUGGCUGCUAUUCGGAUAAAGACGAGCUCAGUACAUGUGAAGCUUACAUACUGCAUCAUUUCACUUCCGUCUGCCAAGCAAACUACAUCCAUCCAUCUCACUUAGUUCAAACUCUUCCUGGCAGCGGUCCCGUUUGGCCGCCACCCCCCUGGACCUCACGGAGUGAUCUGGCGGCCGUUUUCAUCGGGCUACAAUCAAUAUUUUAGCACUCUUACUCCUGUGGGGUACAGGGGCCGCUCUGGGGGAGGGGCUGAUGAAGAGGAGGAGGAAAGAAAGCCACGCACAAACACUCACAAGGGAGAAAAGGAUAGUUAUUGCCUGUGAGUCGCUGAAAUUCAGAAAUGGAGGAAAUGUUCAAACAGAAAAUGGGACAAGAGGAAGCAUCAGAAGGGAUUUUCUCUGUGUGCCAACUCUUCUCUGACCCAGGGAGCAAAGUAAUAAGGAAACCUCCACACGUUCAUAUCGAGGCUUCAUAUCAAUGAACUGCCAAUGAGGCAAUCUAUAGGUCUGGGGGUCUACUAGAGGGUUAGGCCUCCUCGCCAUCAUGAAAGGGCUGGGGACCAGCCAUAGCAGACACCUGUCUGACUCCUGUGACCCUUCCUCUGGCCACUUAGAGGCCCUCUACCCUCAGAAGACCAGCACCAUGCCACGCAGUCCUUACCUGUUGAGCCCUAGAAUGGACCAGUAUGGCACAAUGGACCCCCAUCUUUACCCAUCAGCCAACCCAGGCUCUCUUCCACCAGAAUGUCUGCUGCCUCUCAACAACCAGCUGUCAAACAGCAGCACCUUCCCCAGGAUUCACUACAACUCCUACGAUCCAUCGGACUUCUCCCCGCCUGUGGAGGGCAUCGGUGGAAUAAGAACUGGGACAUUAGGCGCAUCUAUGUCGAUGGGCAUGGGAUCAGGUAUGGGCAUGGCUGAGCUUAGUGGACGAACAUCUAUGAUUACAAGCGGUUCGGCGACUAUAUCACAUCACAUGAGCAAGAGCCAAACGCCUCACAGUCUUCUGGAGUUUGAUAAGCAACUGCCAGGCGGUCGGGAUGGCUUCAGCACCUUACAGUUCCAUAGAACAUCUGCUGUAGCCGCGGGCAAACAGCGUACAGACAGUCCUGGUCGCAUUCGGUACAUGCUACACUCAGUGCAGAAACUCUUUGCAAAGUCCCAGUCACUGGAGAGCCACCACAUGAAAGGAAACAUCAACGGACGGUCCACAGGUAGCGGCGGUGGCUCUUCGGGCACUGACGACGGAGGGAAGCAUAACCGGAGAGCCAAAAGCAAAGAUCGCGGAACUAAAUCGGAAACAACUACCAAGCGACGACCGCGCUCCAACAUGUCGGGUUACUGGAGCUCCGACGAUUUGGACAGCAGUGACAUGAGCAGCUUCCACAACACCAUGGCAAUGAUGACUAUAGGACGUGCCACUGACCAUGAGAGCCAGAAUAGAUACAUUCAUAGUGGCUACAACACCAUUAGCUCAUCUAAAAGCAGCAAUGACAUGAAGUAUCAGACACUUGCUGGACCUCCAAGUGCUGGAGGAAAUGGACUUGGAGAACCUGGGAAUAUGCUGAUGAAUGAUCAUGAUUACAUGAAAGGAGGGUCCUGGUCUGCGAUGACUAUGGGCCAGCCAAGGCAAGUGAUCCAGAAGGGCUCAGCCACUCUUGAUAGGUCCUUGCUUAAGUCCAAGUCAUGCCAACAGGAACUUACCUGCAACUACCUGCAGGUUGGGCGAAGGGGGGAUUGGAGCAGCUCAUUAGGUCGCAGCGGGGGUGCCAAUGAAAUUCCAUGUCGGCGGAUGCGCAGUGGAAGCUACGUGAAGGCCAUGGCAGACAUGGAGGACAGCGAAGACUCGGAGGGGAGCCCCAAACCCUCGCCAAAGACCGCCGCUCGCCGCCAGAGCUACCUCAGGGCCACACAGCAUUCUCUGAGCGACCAACUACCCCCACGCAACAGAACUCUGGAAUAUUCCGUAUUUCAAGGGGAGCUGGAUGCCCUGUGGUCACCCUUCCACAGUGUUUCCUACCACAACCAACUGGGCAGGUCAAUGAGCAGCUGUCUUCCAUCGCUCAGAGAGCUCGCCAAUAACCGCAGCCUGGACAACCUUGACUGCAUCGGGGGUACAGGCUCACCUGUGCCACAUUGGGAUGAUGAUGACUUCAGACACGCCUGCAGCACUUUGGGAAGACGUAGCUGCAUGGGACAGCUUCGGGACCUGAGUCAUCAUUAUGAGGACCGUAGCUCCGAUUCCACAUUCCGAGAUUCCCGCUCCCAUUCUCAGGACAACCCAGAGCCUCCGGACAUGCCCAUGCCCACUUGCUUCCGCUCCCGCAGUCACAGUUACCUGAGAGCCAUCCAGGCUGGCUGCUCUCAAGAUGACGACGUGACCUCCAUAGACUCAGGCUCGCUCCCGCCAUCUGACAGCACUGUUCGCACCUACGGUAGCAGCACUGACGGCCUUUCUACAAAUUGGAAGACAUGGAAAGAACAGUUUGGCUCUUACCUGAUAGCCACUGGCUUGGACAAAGCUCCAAAGGAGAAACAACUUGCUAUUUUUCUGCACCGUUUGGGGACAGACAGACCACGCAUCAUACCCACACACAAAGUCUCAUGCAUCACCACUUCUAAGAAGGCUGCUCCACCACCCGUGCCACCACGCACCACCUCCAAACCCUACAUCUCCGUGACUGUACAGAGCAGCACAGAGUCUGCCCAGGACAACUACCUGGAGCAAAGGUCCGAGGUCAACAGCCAGUCCAGCCACGCGCAAAGCAACUCUUCCGACAGCCUUGACAGCACCCGCGCCAACAGCCUGGCCCGGGGAUUACCUCGUCCUCCGCACAUCAUCCCCACUCCCAUCGCCAUCCCCAGAGAGCCGCUCGUCCCCACCACCGCCAACGCGUCCACGGAAACAAGCGACUCAAGCGUAGUGCUGCAUGAUUCCAUGAAGUCAGGAUUGAGUAACUCUGCUGACGAGGCGCUUGUGAUCCCAGUGCCCAGACGGAAACUCUCUUCAAUUGGCAUCCAGGUUGACUGUAUACAAGAAGUUCCACGAGAGGAGAGCCCACCACUGGCCAAAUUUCAAUCCAUCGGAGUACAGGUGGAGGACGGGUGGCAGCCCGGUCAUCCUUCUAGCAUGGCCUCCAAACAAGACACAGACUCAGAUAAACAGGAAGUCCCUGUUAUUUCCCACAUUAUUCAGGCCAAACCCACUGAAAAGAAAGUUAUGGUCAGUAGUGGCAGCCAGUCAUUGAGCUCCCCUCCUGAACAGGACUCCUUAGACAACGGGGACACUACCGGUGACACUUCCUCCCCUCCACCUCCCAGGCAGUUCCUCAACCGCUCCACCACACGAAGUAGCUCUUCCUCUUUCUCAGAAAGCCUUGACCCGGCACUGGACCCCUCAUCAUUACCCCCUCCAGAUCCCUGGCUCGAGAGCGGGAAUGGGAGUAGCAGCGUUGCCCCGCAGAGCGUUAGCGGAGGAGGCACACUGUGUCGGAGAGAUGGCCACUGGUUCCUGAAGUUGCUGCAGGCUGAAACUGGACGCAUGGAAGGCUGGUGCCAGCAGAUGGAUCAGGAGACCAAAGAAAAUGAACUCUCAGAGGAAGUGUUGGGUAAGGUCCGCAGUGCAGUGGGAAGUGCCCAGCUCUUAAUGUCCCAGAAGUUCCAGCAGUUCCGGGGAUUGUGUGAACAAAAUCUGAAUGUGAACGCCAAUCCACGGCCCACACCGCAGGACCUGGCUGGUUUCUGGGACCUGCUGCAGCUCUCCAUUGAGGACAUCAGCCUCAAGUUUGAUGAGCUCUACCAUCUCAAGUCCAAUGACUGGCAGCCUGCGCCGUCUGCGGCUGCCCAGUCGCCCCCUGAGCGGAAGGACGAGGAGAAGGAAACGAUUCCAGCGUCAAAGAAGGCUGCUAAAGGACGACCGAUGCUGGGCCGCGAGAAGAGCGCAGACUCGUCUUCUUCAGCUUCAGCAGAGAAGCAAAGGCAAGAGGCCCGCAGGCGUCUGCUGGCGGCAAAGAAGGCCGCUUCUUUCCGCCAGAACUCUGCCACUGAGAGCGCAGACAGCAUUGAAAUCUACGUCCCAGAAGCUCAGACGCGCCUUUGAGGGAGACAGUUUGUGAGAGGAAUUUAAGGUCAGAUCAUAGGACCGAUAAGUGUCGCUGAAAAAUACCUGCAAAUAGGAGAGUGAGGGGGGACACUUUUGCAAUGCAAAUGACAAGAGUGGGGGUAGGAGAGGCCAAAUGCCCCCUUGACUUGAGUGGGGGUCGACUUGUUUGUAGGCUGGUCCUUAGGGCAUCAAACACAUAUAUAUUGAACUUUUGCAUUAUGAAAGCUGCCAAUGAAAACCUGCGGAUUAACUUUGUCAUUAUUUUUACUAAUAUUUAUCAUGAGAAAAAAACAAAUGAUUAACAGUAUUCCUAUCACAAUGUCAAAGUAUAUUUAACGACCGUUUAAAACAUGACUAUACAUUGACUUUAAGAUCUAUUUAGAGGACACAGGUUUUUACUAUUUUGCUUCCCAUUGUUGUCGUCCUCCCCAGACAGGCCAUUUUGUAGCUUUGCACAACACCGCCUUGUGGCCACCACACACACUACACGAUCCCAACUUGCUUACGCUUGUCUUCCUUGUAGUUACUAAGGGUGCAACGGUACAUGUAUUUGUAUUGAACCGUUUCGGUACAUGGUGCUCGGUUCGGAACGGAGGCGUACCGAACGAGUUUCUGACGUAAUGUAACCCUUACCCUAUGUAACCCGAGGCUGUGAGUCGAUCGGGUUACAGUUUCUUUGUGUAGGUAAUAUUUACUCUGUCUUCUCUACUAUAAUGAGGACCAACACGGUAGGACAGUAUAACCCAGAAACGUCAACGGCGCAACAACGUGGGCGUUAAAGUCAAUCAGCCAAUGCACACCAGUCGCAGUGCAGCCGCGUGUUAGACGCGUCCCAGAAGCAGCUCAACACGACGCAUGCGAAAACGGCAUAAUUUAUUAUUUGACGCGAAAUGCGACCCUCCUGCUACUACCGGUAGCUAGGAUCGGGCAGACCGGAAGUCACUCAUGUAAAAAUACGGUGGAUCUGAUCGAUUUUCACACUAAUAUGCAAUCGUAACCCACUUUUUGAGUCCAUCAGAUCUCUUGAGUGGUAGAUCGGGGCACAGUUGACUUGUCUUUGUUGAUUUACUGCUGUCUUCUCUGCUAUACUAAAAACCAACACGGCCCCGUGUUCAAUACAAAACCCUCCUACCACAACAAAACAAGUAGGAACUAAUAUUCACAUAGGAACUAAAGUUAUACAACAUAAAAUAUACAAUAUAAAUGAAUACUACAUCACAUUUGCAAAAUAUAAAUACAUAAUAAAAUAAAUAAUAGCCCAUUUAAAUAAAGUGAAAUAAGCUAAAACACCUGUAAUUAAAUAAUAAGAAUAAUACACAGAUCCUGCUUACAUAAUUAAAUUUAUUAAUUUCUGUGUGGUGCUUUAACUUGAGAAAAUCCACCAAUAAAGCUUUUGAAAACCGUUCAUAAGAUUAAAAAAAAUGAUUCACUGAGGCAUUUCAUUUGUAAAAUACAUGUUAAAAUCUUUGUCAUUGGGAUUGCUUUUCUCUUUAGCACAGGACUUCUUUUUUCCUCUUUCUUUCAGAAAGAAAGCUGACCAAUACGCGGGGUCUGAAAGGCAAAUUGUUGUUGGAUUAUCUUUAAAUACCCGCUACUUUUUGAGCAGAAUUCUAGCUUUGGAAAGGCUAAUGUUCCUAUUGUUGAAAGCACAAAGGUGUGUAAUAAACAACUAGCACAUUUAUAUUUUGCAUUUUGUUUUCUUACUGUACCGAAAAUGAACCGAAUCGUGACCUCAAAACCAAGGUACGUACCGAACCGAGAUUUUUGUGUACCGUUACACCCCUAGUAGUGACUGAUUUGCUGAUUUCAUUUUUCAUUUGUUUUGUUCUGGCUGAUUUUACUGUAGAUGCCAUUUGGAUUUUUUUUUUUAACUGUGAUAUGAAAGCCAUUUCUGAAGGGGUAUUUAUAUAGAUCCGAGUACAUUUUGUCGAUGUCAAAAUGUUUUGUUUUGCUUUUUGUUAUGGAGCAUCGGUAAGAAUAUGAAAAGGUUAGUUCACUCGCGGUUUUCAGCGACCACAUAUCUCCAUGUGAUGGGAAUACUCAAAACAGUACUUGCAGGUUGCAAACUUCAGCAAUAGACAUUUGUCACAGUUCGUUUUUUAGCGUGUGUGUGAUUAAUAUUUUCUUCCAUCUUCAACGCUUUUAGAAGUCAGGCUCAGUAUGCAAAAUAAUAAGUGGCAACACACUUGACAUGUGUUUAGCAGAUUUUGUUUUGUUGUUUUUGGGGAAUUUUUUUGUUCUUGUUUUGUUUUUUUGCUUCGUAAUGCUCGAUCAAAUCCAUCAUAAUUCUGUGCAACUUACCUGCACUUUUUUUAUUGAAAGAAAUCCUAUUUAAUUAAAGUAUCAAAUGCUUUAGCACUUGUGUUGGCAUCAUUUGUUUCAAGUGCUCCAUGCUUGCUAGAAGACCAUGACUCCAAUUUAUGUCACGCAUUUAUUUUAGCAACAAGUAGCGAUAGAAAACGGAUGGGAUGAAAUGAAACAAGCUUGAGAUGUUUUUUGAACUAAGUAUCGCUGCCUGAUAAAUAUAACUUGCGUUUGAGGGGGAAGUUCAGAAUUUUUAACAUGAGGCUUAAUCUUAAAGGUAACAGGGGUUUAAUUCGUCAUUGGAGUUGAUAUCAACAAAUUCCGUGCAGUUAGUUACACUGCUGGCCAAAAAUCUUGGCACCCCUGUAAUUCUGUCAGAUAAUGUUCAAUAUUUCCCAGAAAAUGAUCAUACCUGUCAACCCGAGGCCGUUGGCAAUCUUACAAAUAGUGAUGUAUGCCCUUAGAAAUUGGUGACUAAUAGGUUUGUUCCGAUCAUGUUUUUUUGCUCCCGAUCGUUUUAGUUUGAGUAUCUGCAGAUCCCGAUAUUUCCCGUUCCGAUUGCUUUUUUUUUGCUCCCGAUUCAAUUCCAAUCAUUCCCGAUAAUUUUUCCCGAUCAUAUACAUUUUGGCAAUGCAUUAAGAAAAAAAUGAAUAAAUCUCAGACGAAUAUAUACAUUCAACAUACAGUACAUAAGUACUGUAUUUGUUUAUUAUGACAAUAAAUCCUCAAGAUGGCAUUUACAUUAUUAACAUUCUUUAUGUGAAAGGGAUCCACGGAUAGAAAGACUUGACUUUGUAUAUUGUGACUAAAUAUUGCCAUCUAGUGUAUUUGUUGAGCUUUUAGUAAAUGAUACUGUAGUCAUGCCCAAAUGCAUGAUGGGAAGUGGAACCAUGACUGUGGGUAGUGCUACCAAUUGAUAUACUCUGCGUUGGGAAAUAACAUAAAGUGUUAAGAUAAAGAUCAAUUGCUACCUUGCUUCCCCAUAUUGCUUCCCAUAUUUCUAAUCAUAGGGAGAGGGAUUGUAAGGCUUUAGCCAAUUAAAAAAAGGCUCCAAAGGCUGCCAAAAUUCACUCUACUCAUUUUACGCUGCCUUUUACCUCUCCAUAUAGGUAAAACUUCGCCAUUACAGAUUGAGCGCGACAAUGCGUGAGUGGGUCUUGCAGUGCAUGCAUUUAUUGUGUUAAAUAUUUUAUCAUGACACAUUUUUAAAUAAAUUAAUUGCCGCCGUUAUCGGGAUAUUUUUGAUAACCCUACCUUAAGCCUAAACUAAAGACUCUGGAUGAGUGUAACAUAUUAUGUCUGUAACAUUAAAUACAAUUACAAAAUGAUUUAAUUAAAAAAUAUAUAUAUAUAUUUAAAAAAGGCAUGGCCGAUAUUUUUUUGCCAAUUCCGAUACUUUGAAAAUGACGUGAUCGGACCCGAUCCAUCCCGAUCGAUCGGGACAUCUUUAGUGACUAACCAUACAACUACAACUAAACUUACAACAUAUAGCGUGCAAUAUGAAACAAAAAUAAAACUAGAUUUUUAAAAUAAUAAGAAUUUAUUGGUAAUAUUGUAACAUAUAACCUGGUGCAAUCAAAAAAUAUCUUCAGCUACAUCAUGAUUACUAAAAUUUAACAGUGACUUUUGUUAUAAUUGUAGCACUUUUGGCAAUUUCUCUCAUGUCUUGAUGGCUGCACUUCGGCUCGCAAUUCAGUUUGACUUGAAGGUAGUUCGUUAGUGUGUCUAAUUAUGAAUUAAAAGGGUCAAUUGAUAAAAUUAACUUACCGAUGCAAUCUUUGAGUCAGGGAACAUUUCUUCUGCUAAUUCUGAGAAGUGAUCAGCAAUAGUUGCAGGCAAAUUGUGUUCGGCAACAAAUUGGCAGAAUGAAACCUCCGCUUUCGUCACUUUUUAUUCUGCAGACUUCAUCUUUAUGAUCAGUGUUGUUAAUCAUACUUUUAAAAAGUAAUUAAUUAGUUACUAAUUACUUCUCAUAAAAAGUAAUUGCGUUAGUAACUCGGUUACCUGAAGAUAAGAGUAAUUAGUUACUUAUCAAAUUGACUGGUGUUACUGUUCAUGUUUUUUUUUUUUUUCGUUUAAAAAUAUAUAAAUAAAAACACAGUAACGUUUGCUAUGUUUGGAAAUCGUUUAAUGUUGUGAAUCAACUAUUAAAAUGGUUAAAAUUGCUCCCGUUUUUGCAUUAGUUCCCUUCUGUCUACUUUCGACAUGUUAAAGUUUUGAAACUGUUUCAUCAAGAUUUUGCAGAGUUAGGAAUAUUUUAGAUAAAAAGUUACUAAAGUUUGCUUGGAAGGUUCACUACAACAGAGCCUUUCUGAGAAGUCUACUGCUUCAAAAUGGCGGCUGUUUAUUAACACCGCUGCCUGUCAUUUCGCAUGUAGUUCUAUAAGCAUUUGAUAUCUAGGGGUAGAUUGUAGGCUGUCAGCUACAGUCAGGAAGUAUUGGAGCUACCUAGCCUAGCAUCGCAUUUGCUACAGCGUCACAACACUCUUCUCUCUCAGUGUCUCUGACUUUUCUCGGGUCAUUCAACCAACGUAUUAACGCACAUUGUCUUGUUGCGGAAACGACGACAAAAUCCGAACGGAGGGGAAAAAAAACGUAAUGCACUAAAAACAUACAGAUCUUGAACAUACGGUGUACACAUUAAAAAAAUCUGUGUUCACUUGUACAAAUUACGCCGAAACCCUACAACUUGACAGGUAUGAAUGAUUGCAAUUACAAAUGCUUUGAUAGUAAUAUAUUCAUUUAUUUUGCUUGCGAUGAAAAAUCACAAAAGAGAAUGGGGGGAAAAAAAUAAUAAAUCAUUAUCAUUUUACACAAAACUCUAAAAAUGGGCCGGACAAAAGUAUUGACACCCUUAUGAAAAAUCAUGUGAUGCUUCUCUAAUUUGUGAUUAACAGAACUGUUACUUACCUGUGGCACAUAACAGGUGGUGGCAAUAACUAAAUCACACUUGCAGCCAGUUAAAAUGGAUUAAAGUUGACCUAACCUCUGUCCUGUGUCCUUGUGUGUACCACAUUGAGCAUGGAGAAAAGAAAGAAGACCAAAGAACUGUCUGAGGACUUGAGAAGCAAAAAUGUGAGGACGCAUGUGCAAUCUCAAGGCUACAAGUCCAUCUCCAAACACCUGAAUGUUCCUGUGUCUACCGUGCGCAGUGUCAUCAAUAACUGUAAAGCCCAUAGCACUGUGGCUAAUACUGUGUACGGAAAAGAAAAUUUGAGAGAUUUCAACGAAAGAUUGUGCGGAUGGUGGAUAAAGAACCUCGACUAACAUCCAAACAAGUUCAAGCUGUCCUGCAAUCCGAGGGUACAACAGAGUCAACCCGUACUAUCCAUCGGUGUCUGAAUGAAAAGGGACUCUAUGGUAGGAUGCCCAGGAAGACCCCACUUCUGACGCAGAGACAUAAAAAAGCCAGGCUGGAGUUUGCCAAAAGUUAUGUGAAAAAGCCAAAAACGUUUUGGAAGAAUGUUCUCUGAUCAGAUGAGACAA